AGCCUUCUUGUUGGUUUUUUUGUUUUUCACCCGCCGUCUUCUCUGUUAGAGCUGUUGACUUCAUAAAAAAAAAAUAUUUAAACUGUAAUCCGAUUUCUUUCUCCCGUACAUCUCCUCCGCUUAUUUUCUCUUUUUUGAUGUUGUUGUUCUCAAAGCUCGCCCUUCGUCUUCCUCUCGUUCUCCUGGGCCUCGUCUCUCUCGCCUUCUGAGAAGGGCACGCUCCUCUUCCCAACCCCUCGCGUGUCAGCUGCGCAAGAGUGGACGUCGAAUCCAAAAUAAGAAAAGCAGGUCCGCUUUCCAGCUCAGUUUCAUUCCACAGAAGGAGUAGAGCGAAUUGGCAGCGUUCUCUAUCGCUCUUCUAUUUUUAUUUGUCGACGAUAACUUCUCUCUAGAGCGUUGGGAAGGUAAAUUGAAUUGUAGAAGAGUCUGCGUUCUCUGUAAAGAGAGAGUGACGGACCAACGUCAGCAGCAGAGGUGGAAGGUGUGUCACGCUGGCCCCCACGUUCUUCUUUACGGUAUCGCCCGACGGAGAUAUAUAGUGGAAGAAAUACUCCUUACCCCUUUUUUUCACUGAAGCUCCUUUUGUCUUUUUUUGUGUGUCGCCUUUAUUAUAUCGAAUCGAAUCUUCUUUACAGUUAUUAUUAUUAGAUACUGCGUCUUCUACACGAGUUUUUCUUUCCUUUAGAACUCAUUUCCCACACUCGUUGUUGUUGUUGCCGCUCUUGUUGUUUCUCUCUCCCCUCCUUCCCCUCCGCUUUUCUCUUUCAUGUUGACGGACCUGCCUUGCAUCUGUUGAGACACACACACACGCGCAGACAACAAUAAAAAGGGUUGUUGCUAGUUUCUGUCUUUCACCUCCGUACGAUUCGCGUCGUUUUCGUAUCCCUUUUCUUUUUUGUGAAACUCCUCUUUUUGUCUUCUAGUGACGUGUCCGUUUGCUACACGCUCCAUUCUCCUUACUUUUUCUUGUGGUUUGGUUGUUUGGUUGCAUUGCCAGUUGUGGAGAAGUUGUUUACCGCCAUCACACACGAUACAGGUCAGAUAGAUACAAACACAUAUAUCACCGUUUUUAUAGCCUCUUUGUGGCCUCCUGCAGAUUAUUUUGGACGUAUUUAUUAUUAUUAUUAUUAUUAUUAUUAUCUCCCCUCCGUAUUUAGUGUGGUUUUUUUUGUAGUGAUCGGCCCUGCAGAUUUUUAGUCCGCUUUCGUUCCUCACUCCCCUACCUAAAAGCGCAGACCCGAGUACUUCGCAUUUUUUUCUUCUUGUUUGUACUUUUGUUGCUGUAUUCGGAGGCUCUCAACUGUCGUUAAGGAGGGGGGCUGCUGCUUUCCCGCACGGGAGUUUCGUGUAGCGAGAGCGCUGCUUCUCACGAGUUAGCCUGAAUACUAAUAGCAACUAUUACUUUCCAUUGAAGCUGUUCUGUCGUUGCAAGCCCAUCACGCACACAGCACCAAACUAAGGAAAAUGACGUCUGCUGCAGAGCGUGUUCCUGAGGCGGCCGCAGAGCACACCGGCCAAGAGGACGUCCCGGUUGGUAACCCCGCUGAUGCCGAGCUGCCGGCAGUUUCCGAGACACCAGAGGAAACCCCCGAGGCGGUCUCAGCGGAAGCCCCGCCCACGAAGCCCCUCCCCCUGGCCACCGCCACCGCCGCCGCCGCCGCUGCCAUUCAAGUCUACGAGCCCUACCAGGUCGACCUCAUCUCCCCUCGCCACGCCCACCCCGUGCACCAGACGCCGCACCUCAACGGUGGUGGCACGCAUGAGGCGGUGAGGGAGAGCAAGGCGAGCACCCGCAGCGGCUCGAGCGCCAUGACCCCUGCGCCGAAGUUAAAGGGCCGGCCGUCGCAGGCGCCGCUGCACACGGCACGUGUCGCCCGCACACGAGAGGCGGCACCGCGAUCGCGUUCGCAGGGACAGCCACGGCGCUCGAAUCGUCGCCCGCCGCUGGCCGCCGCCCCUUCCAACGGCGCUCCAGCAUCCACUGUCUUGCCCACCUCAACCCGACGUGUGCCGGCCAGAGGGGAGGCUUCCAAGACAGCAGCAGCCGCAGCAGCGGCCACGACCACUACCGCGCGUACGAGUACCAACGGCAGUUCCAGAGUCCUCCUGCGGCGUCCCCGCUUUGUGGACCCGUUGGCGACGACAGCCCCCACCACCACCACGACGUCUGCAGAGCCCGCGCAGCGCACCAAGCCCGCGCGACCAGCGGAUGCGACCGCCCUCCCUGUCGCUGCGGCAUUGGCGAACCACGCACCACGGUUUAUCUCCUCCAUCCCAUACCGACACCCGACACACACACCGCAGCGGGCGCCGGCGCCGCCGGACAACUCAGCUGCAGACACCCACCAUCGUCGUCGCCUGCUGAACGACCUGCACGCCGCUGGUGGAGCGCAUCGUAAUGGUGGUGGUGGUGGUAGUGAGAACGGUGAGGCAAGCGCGGCUGCGGCGACGUCGCUGGAGUCGACCAAGAUGAGCAACGGCACUGCCGCGGCGGCGGUGGUGGCACCGCUCGACAGCAGUCGUCCUUCCUCUCCGGUUGCCGAAGCGGAAACGGAUGAGACGACGGACUCGGAGGCCGCGGUGGAGGGGCACGAGAAGGAUGAAGACCGCGCCGCAGAGCCGACGCAGACAUCGGAGGAAAAGACGACUCUCGAGAAGACAGACGCCGCAACCGCGACGACGACUAGUGAUGCUGCAAAGCUCGCCCCUCACUACACCCACCCCACACGGGAGUCGCAGAUGAGGGUGAUCGCCGGGACUGUCACAUCGCACCCGAGCAAGAGGGUCAUCCUGUCUCGCCCCACCACCAAUCCUUCCUCGCUGCGCAUGAGCGAGUUGACGCGGCCCUCCGAGGCGUACAAGGUCUCGCUUAACUCGUCGCAUCAGGGCAGUUCUCUGGCCCGACGCUCGCGCCAGCCACGCACAGUGCUGAACGUGUUUCUCACCAAAUACCCGGUGAUCCGCCGGCUGGCAGACGAGCUUGGCUGGGUAAUGGAAACGACCGAGGAGGAACUGAACGACUACAAGUUCAACCUGUGCUGGAGCGACACCGUCCUUUCGCUGAUGCGUCUGGUGCGGCUCAGCAACUGGCAGCGCACGAACCACUUCCCCUCCAUGUACCUGCUGUGUCGCAAAGGGCACCUGGGCACCACCCUGGGUAGGCUACGUCACAAGCUGCCCUUGCACUUCGCCUUCUAUCCCCGCACGUGGUCGAUGCGGAGUGAGAGGCUGCAGUUCACGCAGUACAUGGCGGCCGUCCGCCAGCGUCGCCUCCUCAAAUACUUCAUCAUGAAACCCAACUCCGGCUGCCAGGGCCGCGGCAUUGUCGUGGCGAGGGAUCCCCUCACCGCCUUGGAGGAGCACACGCUGGACAACUACAUUGUCCAAGAAUACGUGCACCGCCCGCUGCUGUUGGAGGGCAAGAAGUUUGACUUGCGUGUGUACGUUCUGCUCACCUCCAUUCGCCAUCCCUCCAUCUUCCUCUUCAACGACGGCCUCGUGCGCAUCUGCACGGAGCAGUACGAGACGCCGACGGAGGAGAACGUGAAGAACGCGUGCAAGCACCUGACGAACUAUGCCGUCAACAAGAAGAGCACCGACUACGUCUUCAACACCGACGUGGAGCACAUGGAUGUGGGCAACAAGCGCAACUUCGCGUUUCUGAACCGCUGGCUGGAGGAGUCCGGCCACUCUGCGGACGAGGUGUGGCACCAGGUGAGCAUGACUAUCGUCAAGACAAUCCUCGCCGCCCAGCCGAGCAUCGCGCGCGUCUACGACUCCUGCUUCCCCACGGGUUACAACGACGGCUACUGCUGCUUCGAGGUGCUCGGGUUCGAUAUCCUGAUCGACCACAAGAUGAAGCCGUGGCUGAUGGAGGUGAAUCACACCCCGUCCUUCGCGACCGAAACGCCACUGGACAUGGACAUCAAGAGCAAGCUGCUGACCGAGGUGUGGAGCAUCAUCGACUGCAAGGCCACCGACUACGAGAAGGACCGCCAGCGGGAGCGGGAAGAGUUCACAAAGCGCAACAUGCCGCCCUGGGCCUCGAACCACCCCCUCUACGGCAGUCAGCUCAACCCGGCCGGCGUCCGCCACGGCGCCGCCGACGAUGUGGAGUCGCCAGUGACAGUGAACUCGUCCGUAUCGGGCACGCACAACAACCCGGCGGAGAUCCCUCCCUACGUCUACACGCGCCGCCAGCACGAGGACAGCAAACUGCGCCAGUUCAAGCGCAUCUACCCCUCCGAGAUCGAGGAGGUGCAACUCAUGUACGAUACGAUCCAGAACCUGGCCCUCGCCGAGUCCGCGAACAACCGCCUCUACUACAACAGCACCGUGACGGCGCCGAUGCCAGCGGCGUCGUCGACGUCUGCCGUCAGCACCGGCCCAUACGGGAUGCGCGGCGCCAACACGCUGCCGUUGCGGACCCGUCCGCCGUCGCUCGGGCCGGUGCUGACAUCGUCGCGGGUGUACAACGGCGUUACCAGUCCGAGCACGACAGCCCCACAGCGCAGUCUCACCUCACCCGUAAUGACACCUCCGCCGGCGGUGUUGGCUCCGCCGAACGGUGCGCCGCUCACCAUCCCUGUCAACUCAGUUCCCUCCCUCACGAUCAUUCGCGAUUCGCACCAAAGCUCGCCGGUGACGACGACGACGGCCACGGCCACCGCGACGGGUGGAGUGUCGACCACUUCCCCGCACGCCUUCUCCUCCGUCGCCAGCCGCGGAGAGCCGUCGGCGGCGAAGUCGCGCGUGCAGGCGGUGGGUCUGCCUUCGAACAUGUCCACCUCACGCAACAGCAUGACACCGUCGGAGCACGCCCACAACCACAACAACAGCACUACUCCUACUACUACCACAUCGGAGCCUUCCCUUGCCCCGCCGCUCUCCUUGGCCUCCCUGGCGGCUGCAGAGGCGGACGCCAUGCGUCACGACGGCGGUCGCGUCAGCAACGGCACCACACCGAAGGCAUCCACCACCACAGCGGCAGCGGCAGCAGCGGGAGAGCAGACCUCGGUGCCGGCGGUGCGUGUCUUUACGCCGCGCAUCUCCUCGCCGGUGGUGAACUCGCGCACCACCACCGCCGCCUCCACGCCUGCUGCCGCGGCGGCGACCUCAAAGAAGAGCACGAACAACGAGUCAUCACCGACACCGACACCGGCAGCAGCAAAGUCGCCCGCGGAAUCAGCCGCGGUGAAGCCGCGUGUGGCAGAAGUCUACCGUCGCCCCUCCACUCGCCCCUCCAACGCUUCGCUGAGCACGCUGACCCUGCACGAGCUUGUACCGGAGGAGCACGUGAGCCAAACGGCAGCCCCUGCUGAUCCGGCGACGACGGCCUCCACCCCGGCCAGCGUCACGCUCCCCUCGCAAAAAGGCUUACCGUUAAAGGUGGACAAGCCAGAGUCGACGCCGGCCGCAAAUAGCCUCCCCAACACGUACCACCAAAACGGUUCGGUCGUGACGCCGCCGGCUGGGGACGAAGCGCAGAAGAACCACGCGAACGGCUCGAUGAUCCGCCUCACCCGCACCUCCGUCGGUCGGCAAAAGUCACCCUCGUUGGACCCGUCGCUCAUUCACCCCAAUAACGGGAACAGCAACGGCGAUCAGCAGCCGCUGUCCUCCUCCGUCAUCGCGAAGCGCCGCUCUCGCUCGACGAGCAGCAGCGGGCGGGGUGCGGGGAACGGUGCGACGACGUCGGCGGCUCCGCCUCGCUCGCGGCAGAAGUCAACGGACCGCGAGGGCCGCAACAUGUCCACCCACCCCGAGCCCACGGAGGAGGAGCUGGCGCGGCUGGUGGAGCUGCAGGCGCAGCUGGACUACGAGUCCGCCGCAGACCCACAGCCAGACGACGAGGAUGAAGAUUACAACCUCACCGAGUAG